AUGAGACAUGAGAAUCAAUCAGUGUCCUCGGACUUUAUUUUGAUAGGACUCUUUGGUCCAUCAAGGGUAGGCCAUCUCCUCUUUUGCCUGGUGGCUGCUAUGUUCACCAUGGGCCUGCUGGGCAACACCACUCUCUUGAUCCGCGUGGACUCUAGGCUCCACACACCCAUGUACCUUCUGCUCAGCCAACUCUCCCUGCUGGACGUUGGCUUCCCCUUGGUCACCAUCCCCAAGAUGGCCGCAGACUUUCCGCAGGGAGAGAGUUCCAUCUCUUUUGGGGGUUGUGCAGCUCAGCUAUUCUUCCUGACGCUGAUGGGUGUGGCUGAGGGCGUCCUGCUAGCCCUCAUGUCCUAUGACCGCUAUGUGGCUGUGUGCCAUCCCUUGCAGUAUCCAGUGCUCAUGAGACGUCAGGUGUGCCUGCUCAUGGUGGUUGCUUCCUGGAUGGCAGGUGUCGUCAACGCCUGCAUCCAGACGUCCAUCACACUGCAUUUUCCGUAUUGUGCCUUGCGCACCGUGGACCACUUCUUCUGUGAAGUGCCAGCCCUGCUGCAGCUCUCCUGCGCUGACACCUCCGCCUAUGAGUUGGCGCUGUCCACUUCUGGGGUGCUGAUCCUCGUGUUCCCGCUCUCCCUCAUCGUCACCUCCUACGCGCAUGUGUUGAGGGCUGUUCUGCGCAUGCAUUCUGAGCAGGCUGCAAGCAAGGCAUUCACCACGUGUUCUUCGCACAUCACCGUCGUGGGACUCUUCUACGGCGCGGCUGUGUUCAUAUACAUGAUACCCCGUUCCUAUCACAGUCCCUACCAGGACAACGUGGUUUCUCUCUUCUACAGCCUCAUCACCCCUACACUCAACCCUCUCAUCUAUAGCUUGAGGAACCAGGAAGUGCGAAUGGCUUUGGUCAAAGUACUCAGUGGAGUUGGGCUUAGGUGCAACUGA